AUGCCAGAGAUACGUCAGAAACGUGAUAAACGAAGAACUUUUUUGGAUUUGUUGAAGAAGGAAGCAAAACAGUUCUGUUUGAACACUGCUCUUCAUGGAUAUAAGUUCAUAGCUCUGCCAAAACGGAUGUUACUGGAGAGGACCGAUGAAAAUCACGUGGAACACGUAGCUUCUCAGCUGAAGCUAAUGAUACAACUGACCAAACUGACAAUUAAGGACAUUCCUAUCAGAAACUUGAGUAAUCUGCAGGAUCUUUUAGAUGAAAAAGAACUGUCUGUGGACGCGGUCAACCAGAAACUAGCAUACUCCUGCAACGAUAUGCUGCAAAGGUGUAUGUGGAAAGGCGAGGAGAAACGAUGCGAUAGUAUUUUCGAACAGGUGAAAACUUCGGAUGGGUAUUGUUGUGCGUUCAAUUACUACGCUCUGAGGAAUCACACUUUCAGUGGAAUUGAUAGAAGGGAAAAAAUCUACACCAAAGAGAGAGAGAGAGAGAGAGAGAGAGAGAGAGAGAGAGAGGAGAGAGAGAGAGAGAGAGAGAGAGGGAGUUAG